GGCACCAGCUUACUCGCCGCUCACAAGCCCACUGCACCUGAAGCUAAUACUCCCUUCGUUGACCGUGCACAAGAGGCAUUAAGACAGGAGAUAUAAACUGACUUUACUACUGUUGCUGAGCUUGCAACAGUGACGUACUGUGUGUUAACACGAGUGUGAAAGGAGAGUAUCGGUCCACAUCAAUCUCUAUUGUUUGGUGGAAAAGUGAGGUAACCUUGACGACACCAACACCGAGCUAUUAACUAUUGAUUGAGACAAACGGCCAUCUACCAGGACACAACCGGCGGGCACCGUCACCAUCGUGUCAUCAGUAAGCGUUGAAGGAGCUGUCACACACAUCUCCUUAUUAUGAAGUCGUGGCUGGUGGUGGUGUUGAUGGGUGUGGUGGUGGCUGGGGAGGAUGGAGGUGAGGGAGGCCUUCAGCCCCUCCUCGGUAUGUUUGGGUCAUCCUGGCCUCAAGACUCACCCAGAACCUCUCAUCCUACCCAUACACCCAUCAGUGACACCAACAACUACGUUAACACCAGCGAGAACCACGUCACCAGUCUCUGGUACCACGACAACUUCUACAGUUUAACAGACAAAAACGGUACCAUCCAUAAGUUGUUGAACAAAAGCAUCGGCACAGGCAUCCUGGACAAGGCGUUGGAUUACUUGUUUAACAAGCUGGGUACAAGCUACGGCGGCGGGCAGGAUGAUGCUCACCUGGGUCACCACCAACUUACUCCCACCUGGCAUCAGAAAAAGGAAAGCGUUAAAGACGAUGGUUACUACGGACACAGCUCCGGGAGGAGUUAUCAAGGUGACAACUGGUAUGUGAGUACACCCGAGCAGUCUGUGUGUAAGACAUCACUGGGUAGUUUCCUGGGUAUGUGUCUGGAUGUGCACACCGCGCUGACUCUCGCUGCCUUGGCCAUCCUCCUCCAGUUCAUCGUCUCCUUCACCAUCUCGUCAAUCUGUCCUGCCUCGACCAGCAGCCAUCCCUUGAUACUGAACAUCAAUACCACACACGUCUUUAACUUUACGACCGAGAAAGAUGAAGAUGAAUGUCCGGGGGGACGUAAUGAUGACUGUGAGAUUUGGACUGAUACUCGGACAGCCCCUCGACUUUCUUACCAUGAUCUGUUUCCUAAUCUGGAGGACUAUACAGAUCUAUCAGGUAGUGAAGGCUAUGUCUCAGUUGACAGUGAAGAGAGAAGGUAUGAUGAAGAGCGCGAUCCCCGGCGCCAUGAUCUAUUGACCACACUGAGAGAAUGGUUAGUGCGGCCGUCGUGGCAGACAGUGGCAAAGACCUUCAGGGAAUCUAGCUUCCUAUCGAAUUCAGACCCUUGUAAAAUACUUAGAGGGUUUGUGAGUGGGUAAGUGUGAUGGUGUGUCGCGCUGGCCCUUGAAGGUUACUGUUGCAUGACCUUUUCCUUCCGCGUUUUACCAUACAGGAGUUAUUAUCACCCUCAGGGUGUAGAACUGAUAUAAGCACCACAAGUUUGAAUAUACAUAUAUAUGGUUUCUAUAUCGGCAGUUGAUGUUAAGGCUUUAUAACAUAUACUGGUAUAUUUAUAGUUGACUAUUGGCUCCACUCCUUUAUGUAAGUCAUAUUUAUUCUGUAUUUAUUACUUCACUGCGUAAGUCAACGAAGAUAUUAUAUGGAUUUCCAGAUACUGUUUAGAGUGUGUGUUUAUCUGUGUAUAGAUGUUUAUAGUAUGGCUUAGGUCCCCAACUUCUGUUGUUAAGUUAUCUUUGAAUCUGUUAAAUGAUCUUUUGAUAUUAUUAAUUAUUUGUUAUAUUGACAAUAAAAUUUAUUUACGUGGA